UGUUGUUAUCGCACUUAUCGAAUGGCGUGAUUAUUCGAUAGCCUGUGAUAGAGAAAAUGUACGUCAUGUGAUUGUGGAUUUUUCGCGGAGUAGUCACCUGUCGGCCGAGAAAAUACAAUUACGCCUGCAAUUCGACAGUGAAGAAAUAUCAAGAUGGCGGCCCAAAUACGCACCGUGGUGUCCCAAACGUUCCUGUGGCUCUUCCUAGCCGUGGCCACCAUCCUGACCCUGUACUUCGUGAUGACGGGCAAGGGCGAGCGGGUGAGCGUGGGCUGGUUCCUGGCCUCAUCGAACCCGUACAUGUGGGCCUGCCUGGGCAUCGGACUCUCCGUCUCGCUGUCCGUGGUGGGCGCCGCCCUUGGCAUCCACACGACGGGCACCAGCAUCGUGGGCGGCGGUGUGAAGGCGCCACGCAUCAAGACCAAGAAUCUGAUCUCGGUCAUCUUCUGCGAGGCGGUGGCCAUCUAUGGUCUGAUCACCGCCAUCGUGCUCUCCGGCCAGCUGGAGCAGUUCUCGAUGGAGACGGCCCUGUCACAGGCCGCCAUCCAGAACACUAACUGGUUCUCUGGCUACCUCAUCUUCGGCGCCGGCCUGGCCGUCGGUCUGGUCAAUCUGUUCUGCGGCAUCGCCGUGGGCAUCGUCGGAUCGGGAGCCGCCCUCUCUGACGCCGCCAACGCCGCCCUGUUCGUCAAGAUCCUCAUUGUGGAGAUCUUCGGCUCGGCCAUCGGUCUGUUCGGCCUCAUCGUGGGCAUCUACAUGACCUCCAAGUCCAAGAUGGGCGACAAGGAGUAGGCGCCGUCGCCAGCCUUCCAGUCCUUCGCCGCCGCAUCAUCACGACGAAGAACAACAAUAACCAUCAGUCACCAAGGCAUUCCCCCAUCCCCAGCAGACACGCACAAGAUCAGUGUUUGCCUAUUUUUUGGAAAUUACAACUCGUUAUAUGCAGUUACAGCUUGCAGGCGCCUCCCCACAAACCGACAUCCGAUCAGCCGAAACGCUUUAAACUGGGACUUUAGUUACUUAUUAAGUUGAUAGUUGGUUAAGUUGGCAGUUGGCUUUCACGCCCCGCACACUGGCAGUCACCAGCAUCACUCAAUCGACUGCGGAGUGUGCCCGGUGUGAAGACGACGGCGAUUUUGUUUAUAUAAUUUUUGUCGCCAAACGAAAGACAUGUGUGUGUGUCCGUUUUUGAUUUUAAGUAGUUUGUUAUGUUUGUUUCUACACUGGCUCCUCACAGGCUAAAUCAGAAUGUAUUAUAUUAACUACCACAAAACGAUAAACUUGUAUAUUUCAGGCUACUGUUCAAGGCAGAAGUUGUAGAAAGAUGCACAGUCGCAUUAUUAUUAUUAUUAUAGCAAGUAUUCCAUAUUAAAACAAAUAAUAAAAUAUAUACGUUUUGUUUAUCAAUAA